AUGACUUUGUGUACUAGACAUGUCGACUAUCGAAAACUGUGUACUCUGUGGUGUGGUCGGCGACUUCCCCUGCAGAAACGUGCUUCCCGCGAAGCCAGUCAUCGUGACCGAUCGUGGACGCGGACGCGGCGAGGUGGCCGCCGGAGCGAGCUUCUGGCUCCCUACGCGCGCUGCCCAUCCCCGUCGUUCUACGAGUGGACAAACGUUUUGGCAAAAGGUACGAGUAGUGGUGGACGUGGGCGGUCGGUCGGUCGGUCGGUCGGCGCGCUGCUCUCACAGCUGCUUGGGGUCGCGGCGCUUGAUGGGCUCGAGGGGCGCGUAGCGGCUGGCCACGUGCAGCGAGGCUUGCUGCGGCGCCGGCGGGCUGCCCUUGGCGUCCGGGCAGCGCGUCAGGCGGAUGGCCGGCCGCCCGUCCUUGGGCGGCUCCUCCAGGAUGAGCUGCUCUUCCAGGCUGGGCCGCCGCCACUUGGGCGUCGGGCUGCCCACCUCCGCCCGGCAGUCCACCUGCGGUGUCUUAAACCUGUUUCACGUGCACCAAUUGUGAUAGCUGUUCACUGCGCGCGGCAAUUGCUGCAAUUUGAUAUACUGCCACAUUUUACUACUAACGUGCUACAUAUGAUUAUCACUGACUUGCCUGUUGUUCGUUCGGGCUAUGAAGAGAAAAAAUUUCUUCUUACAACUUUUGAACAUUUAAACAAAUCUCUACAAAUUCUUAGAAAUCUUGGACAUUGUGAACAUGUGAAGAAACACCAUACCGAAAAACCGUGA